AUGAAGGACUCUUCUCCCAAGUUCGAGGUUUGGGUCAGUGAGGCCAUGAAGAAAUAUGAAGCCAGUUUUCCCAAGACAGAGGUCAGCAAGGAAGCAACACCGGAACCGAAAGAAAAAGCAAAGGAAGUGGUCUACAAAGGAGAUCCGAAAGAAAUCUCGCAUUUGAAGCAGGUAACCCAGAGACAGCAGGAAGAGAUCUCCAGAUUACUUCUGACGAUUGAUGAACUGAGAAAGCGAUUGGAGAACAUCCGGGUCGUAUCGAUGGAUGCGGGACCCGGUGUUGCUUCCUCUGUGGAUAACAUCAUGGAGAAGGUCGGUUUGAAGGACAUCAUGGAUCCAUCUUUCACAGCUGGAAUACCGCGGGCUCCACCAGUGCUGAAAGGCGUUUUUGAACGUCUCUACUCGGAUGCCAUUCAACGCAUCCAGAGGCGGCAGCUCGACAGCUUCGACGUAGCAAUGCAGUUCCUGUCUAAAGAAAAGAAGACUCUGGAUCAAUCACCACCAAAUGAACAGAUCGAUGUGGAGAAUGAUCUCCAGAACAAAAAUGAGUACAUCACAGGUUGCAUGGCCUGUUUCAAGGGUCUGAAAAAAAUGUUCCUCCUCCGAGAUGCGGGCAUGGACGAGGAGUAUGAGGACCUGAGUUGCGGGCCGGAGAAAAAUGCACUUUGCGCAGAGUAUCGCGUGAUGACACAGUACCUCAACAGAAUCGAGAUCAACAUUUACAAGAUUCUGGGCCUUGAGAACUCAUGGUUCUCGCAACAGAUCUACGAGGUGCAAAAGUGGAUCGCUGCCAAUCCGAAAACGGCAAUCGCUAUGACAGGAAUUUCGGCCGGUGUUUUGGCAGGGGCAGUUGGGAUACCGAGUCGGGAAUCCACCUUUUGUCGAGCCUGA